AGCAACCGCGCAGUAAAGUCCUGAACUGGAAGGGAUGCACCUUCACACGAUGACUAUCGAGUCGUUGGAGACGGCGCACCAUCGACACUUCCUGUGGGCGCUUUGGCGACAGGUCGAGGGCAUUGUGACCGGACCCCGCUUAAGCAGAGCGGCCGCGUGCCAGACCAUGCAUCAGGUUGGGAGUUUCUCAUCGAUCGAAGCGUCGCACAAGGAAGCUGCUCUCUGCGGUGGUGCUCCCAAACGUCCUUAUGUAUAGAUACAAAAGCAAUGCAUCACAAUCCUUCCUCCCGAGCUUCGCAACAGCAUCUGUGGACGUACAUUCGCGCCAAGAAGAUCAGACACGUCAAGACUAGCUUCAGUCAUAAGAAUGGCGCCGUUAUAUGGCGCCCUUUCGUUUGCGUGUCGGAGAAGGACGACAUGGCGUUCGCCAAACGCACCAAGAUCGCUUCUCAACAGCCCUCGGCCCAGCGACCGAGCGAUGAUCGUCAAGGCCUUGCUUGCCGUCCUCACCAGUACUGUCGCAUGACUGUCUGCAUACUGAGAAGCGCUGGGCGAGAGUGCUGCAAUCGUGUUGCUUAACUCAGCAAUAGGCUACCCUCCUGCCAUUUCACAACAGCAUCUUC